UUUGCACCUAUUGCCCCCACUUCUGUCAUAUCAGCAAUAUAAACAGUAUAACCUCCGAUAUUCUGAGAUGAUGGGAAAAUAUCAGUAGAAAUGUCGUCACAACAGCGACGACCACUCAUUAUUUUUCAUCUCGCAACGUAAAUCUCUUCGACACGUGCCGAAUAUCUGCAAUAUUUUCCCCGUAAUCAUGGAACUUGUGCGUAUUCUCGUCAGCCGCAACCUCAAACGAUCCUUCCUGAAGGCGCCUGAAAGGUUUUGUGUACAACACGCGCGAUACAUCAGAUUAGCAGAGGUUGGUAAAUUGGAAACACCAAAACUACAAGGAAAGUAUGAGACGGGUCAGUUGAUUUUGCACAGAGUCUUUGGUUAUCGUGGCGUAAUUCUCUUUCCAUGGUUAGCCAGAGUAUAUGACAGAGAUAUAUCCAACAAGAAGGAUGAUAAGGAUGACAACAAUUUCAACAAUGUCGGUAAAGAAGUAAAGGGUAGAACGCAUACAUUCUACCAAGUUCUGAUCGAUCAGCGAGAUUGCCCUUACAUACGUGCUCAAACGGAAGCGGUGACCUUCCUGGGCAAUCACGAAAGCAGUCGCAGCUUGUAUGCUAUCCCAGGCUUGGAUUAUGUCGCACACGAGGACGUGUUACCGUACAGCACGAACGAGAAAGCAGCGUUGCAACAUGAAUUGUUCGACAAGUUCCUGACUUACGACCCGGACAAAGAACCGUGCUUCGUAGCGCAAGAGACCCUUCGAGCAUGGCAGAAGAAAAACCAUCCGUGGCUCGAGCUGUCCGAUGUACAUAAGGAAACAACCGAGAAUGUUCGCAUUACCGUCAUACCGUUCUACAUGGGUUGUAGAGAAAGCCAGACGACUUCUGUUUACUGGUGGCGUUACUGUAUUCGACUGGAGAAUUUGGUGAAUUGAGCGUGCAG